AUGUCCAGAGAAGAGAGGUGUGCUCCCAUCUCUGGGGAGGCCUGGCUCAAGGAGGAUUAUGAGGAGAAGGAGGUGGGGGUGGGUGACAUUCAGGACGUGGUUGGGGAUGAUUUUGAGGGGAGGAGGGAGAAGGAGGAGGGAGCACGAGGAGGGAGCAGGCCUGUGAAUGGCUUCAUUAACGAGGACGAGAUGGGUUCAUUCACACCCAGCAGCAAUGCCGAGAAGGAGAGCCCCACUGUGAGCUUCAUGGACUGCGGUAGAGGGGGGGUGUGGAUUGAGGUUGGAGAUUCGUCUGACUUCAGGGUGAGUGAGGAUGGUGUGGUCUAUGCCCUGCGGCGCCUCAGCCUGGUGGGAAAGGGAAAAGCAGUGGAGGUGAUCUACGCUCGAGACCUGCAAUCCAAACAGGUCUGGAAGACCAGAGUGCACCUCCACGUCCGUCCACAGGGGAACAGCACAGGUCCUGAACAGGUAAAGCCCAGUGAUGCAACACUGACUCAGCGGGUACCAGAGAUCUUAUUUCCAUGGCGCAGCGUGGUUGUCAUGGGUGAUGGCACUCUGAGGCGGGUGAAAAGGGACUGGGUCAUUCCGCCUAUCAACGUCCCUGAGAACUCACGAGGACAGUUCCCCGAGGACCUCGUCAGAAUCCGCUCAGACCGGGAUAACAACCGGAUGCUGCGUUACAGUGUUACAGGCCCCGGGGCCGACCAGCCUCCGACCGGCAUCUUCAUCAUCAGCCCAAUCUCAGGCCAGCUGUGCGUCACCAAGCCUCUGGACAGAGAGCACAUCUCCAACUUCCAUUUACGAGCACACGCGGUGGACCUGAAUGGGAAUCAGGUGGAGAAUCCCAUCGACAUCGUCAUUAACGUCAUCGACCAGAACGACAACAGACCAGAAUUCACACACACCAUCUUCAACGGCUCUGUACCGGAGGGAUCCAAGCCUGGAUCCUUUGUGAUGACAGUGACAGCAGUGGACAAGGAUGAUCCAAAAACUGCUAAUGGGAUGCUGCGAUAUAAGAUCCUCUCCCAGAAUCCCCAGAGCCCCUCCUCCAACAUGUUCACCAUCAACAACAAGACGGGUGACAUCAUCACUGUGGCAGCAGGCCUCGAUCGGGAGAAAGUCACCCAGUACACCCUGAUCAUCCAGGCGACAGACAUGGAGGGAAACCCCACCUAUGGCCUGUCCAACACCGCAACCACCAUCAUCAGGGUCACUGAUGUCAAUGACAAUCCCCCCGAAUUCACCACAGACACAUUCUUUGGGGAGGUUCAUGAGAACCGGGUGAAUGUGAUCGUAGCUAACCUGACGGUGACAGAUAAAGACCAGCCUCACACUUCAGCCUGGAGUGCUGUGUACCGCAUCAUCGCCGGAGACCCCACUGGACGCUUUUCCAUCCCCACUGACCCCACCACCAACGAAGGCCUGCUCACUGUGGUCAAGCCCAUAGAUUUUGAGCUGACUCGUUCCUUCAUGCUCACGGUUGAGGCAGAGAAUGAGGUCCCGCUGGCCCGUGGCAUCCACCUGCCUCGUCAGUCCACAGCAACCGUCUCUGUCCGGAUCCUGGACAUCAACGAGAGUCCAGAGUUCAGCCCCAAUCCCAAACCCAUCAAACUCGAGGAGGGUCUGCCUGCAGGGUCUCUGCUCACCACCUUCACUGCUCAGGACCCCGACCGCUUCUUGAGACAAACUGUCCGGUACUCCAAGAUGUACGACCCUGCUAACUGGCUGGAGAUUGACCCGGUUAAUGGUCGGAUUUCCACCAUCACCAUCCUUGACCGAGAGUCUCCCUACGUCAAGAACAACCUGUACAACGUUACCUUCAUGGCCUCUGAUAAUGGUAUCCCGCCUGCCAGCGGCACAGGCACCCUUCAGAUGUACCUGAUGGACAUAAAUGACAAUGCACCUCACGUGUUCCCCCCUGAGGUGGAAAUGUGUGAGAGGCCAUAUCCAAACACCAUCAACAUCACAGCCAGUGACCCCGACCUGACCCCUAACGCUGGACCCUUCGCCUUUGAGCUGGCCAAUCGUCCAUUAGAUGUACGCCGCAACUGGACGCUGCAUCGCGUCAAUGGCGAGUACGCCCAGCUUCGACUGAGGAUCGGCUCCCUGGCCAGUGGUAUCUACGAGGUUCCCAUCAUGAUCACAGACUCUGGCAACCUGCCCAUGUCCAACACGUCCUACCUGAGAGUCAAGGUCUGCCAGUGUGAUCACCAUGGAGACUGUGUGGACAUGGAGCGAAUCAUUGCCGCUGGACUGGGCACCGGAGCCAUCAUCGCCAUCCUGAUCUGCAUCAUCAUACUAUUAGUGCUGGUGCUGCUGUUUGUGAUGUGGAUGAAGAGGAGGGAUAAGGAGCGUCAGGCCAAGCAGCUCCUCAUAGACCCAGAGGACGACGUCCGAGACAACAUACUUAAAUAUGACGAGGAGGGAGGAGGAGAGGAGGACCAGGACUACGACCUGAGUCAGCUGCAGCAGCCUGAUGCCCUGGAGCCAGAGUGUGUCAAGGUGGGGAUUAGACGUCUAGAUGAGAGGCCUCUCCAUCAUGACCACCAGUACCCCAUCCGCUCUGCUGCCCCCCACCCAGGAGACAUAGGAGAUUUCAUCCACGAGGGCCUGAAGGCAGCAGACAACGACCCCACCGCCCCCCCCUACGACUCCCUGCUGGUGUUUGACUAUGAGGGCAGUGGCUCCACCGCCGGCUCCCUCAGCUCCCUGCACUCCUCCUCAAGCUGCGGAGACCAGGACUAUGACUACCUCGGCGACUGGGGGCCACGCUUCCGCAAACUGGCCGACUUGUAUGGCGGAGGGGAUGAUUAGCAACUUCAACAACCACCCUCCCUACCCCGCCUGUGCUCUGAGGCUCAGGUGGGGUGGGUGGGGUUAAGGAGAGAGGAUAUUGGGUGAACAUGGGCUAUGGAUCGCACUUCUGUAUUACCACGGGACAGCUUGUAAAGAGACUUGCUCCCCCUUGAUGAAGGUGGGUGACACUAGGGACCAUUCUGACUCCUGGCCGAGCAAAGCCUGGCACCGGCUAGCAUUCAGGCUAAUGGACAUUAAUAUGUGAGCGUUAGCCCCUAUGCUAACACAUGUGAGCAGCCAGAACAGUGUGCUCAGAGAGGAUGCUGUCUCUAUGAUGGUAAAGAGCUACAACAGCCAUGCUACAGACGCUCAUUUACACUUGAAUCUCACAGUACAGGAGCACUGGGGUCAAAUGUGCCUUUUUGUACAUUUUUUUGAUUGUGUUUAGUCUCAAUUCUAUACGUUGCUUUAAAGCUCCCAGUGUUUUGCAACGGCAACUGGAGGAGCACUUUGCCAUGAUAAUGACUGUGUGUGUAUGUAUGUAUGUGUGUUUGGAUUCCACCUCAUUCCCUGUAUGUGUGAGAAUGUAUGUGUGAGUCAUUUCCACAGAGACACACUGGAUGGCCACUAUAAAAGGGCAAAGCCUAUGGAUGAUCGUACCAGCAAAAACAUGGUUAUUCUGUACAGCUCUGGGUGUCAAAGGUUUAACAAAUACACUCCCAAAAUAAGACACUGUGUAGAUCUCAAUCAAAUAUGCAUAUUUAGGUUUGUCUUUAACUUGUCCCAUUCUCUUCACUGAUCACUGAAGCUUAAUCUCAGCUGGUGUCCAUAUGUGAGGCAAUGGAACACCUUUCUCUGUGACGCUGCAGCAUCACCACAUUGCUCUGCUAUUAUUGUGACUGACUGCCCUUGUUAACAAAGCCGGCCGAGAUCAGAAGUUUUCAUUUCCUCUCUGCUGUCCCCCACACAGAUUUUCCUUUGCAGUGUCAUCAUUCAACAUCACAUCACGUCUAAGCUUUGAUUGAAUUGCUAUAAAGAAUGUCUCUUCUUAGAUAAUCGAAGACAUUUAGUUCCACAACGAAUUAAGUUAUUUUUGAAGCUAGGAGGUUUUUACAAGCAGAACAUAUUAUUUGUAGUGGGGUUUAAAUAUUGGGGUUAUGUCCUUGCUGUGCUUUCACAAAUGGGAUGUAGUUGAGCUUAUUUGCAGGAUGACAAAACACAGAAGCAAAAUGGUGCAAGACACAGUGACAAAAUAUGAUUUCCAUUUGUGUUGUGCAGAUGAAAAGAAAAAAACUGAAAACAAAAACAGCAACAAAGAAUCAAGGCAAAGAAAACUAAAUAUAAAAACAUUUGAAGCACUUUUGGUUGCAACAGUAAGAUCUAUUAAAUGGCAAAUACAUUAAAGAAAAAAA